AUGUGGGACUUAUUCGGAUGGUUCAGAGAUAUUCUAUCGUCUCUUGGUCUAUGGAAUAAACACGGUAAACUGUUGUUUCUAGGUCUAGACAACGCCGGUAAAACUACUUUGCUGCACAUGCUGAAAAAUGACAGACUGGCUACUUUGCAACCAACCUGGCAUCCUACCUCGGAGGAGUUGGCAAUCGGAAACAUCAAAUUCACUACUUUCGAUCUUGGUGGUCACAUCCAGGCCCGUCGUUUGUGGAAGGACUACUUCCCAGAGGUCAACGGAAUUGUCUUUUUGGUGGACGCUGCCGAUCCAGAAAGACUCAACGAAGCACGCGUGGAGUUGGAUGCGUUGUUCAACAUCGCUGAACUCAAAGACGUUCCUUUCGUCAUUCUAGGUAACAAGAUCGACUCGCCAAACGCGGUUUCCGAGACCGAAUUGAGAUCUGCUUUGGGUCUCUUGAACACCACUGGUGGUGCUAGAAUCGAGGGCCAAAGACCAGUGGAGGUGUUCAUGUGCUCUGUUGUUAUGAAGAACGGAUAUCUAGAGGCCUUCCAAUGGCUGUCACAGUACAUCUAA